AUGUGGGACCAGUUCAAGUCCAUCAGCAAGACGCUGCAGGAGCAGGCGACGCAGGCAGUCAAGGAUGCAGGCCUGGACGUGCAGCUGGACAAUGUGGGCCAGCAAAUGGCGGGGCGCUUUGACCAGCUCGCCAGCAGUGUGCUGUCAAUUCAGCCUGAGGCGGGGCAGGAGCAGCAACCGAAAGACACGCAUGUCAUUGAAGACCCUGCCCUGCUGAGACAGAGAUUGAAGGCAGUCGAGGAGGCUGCAGCCGAUGCUUUGGGUGAACUGGAGGACUUGAAGGAUCAGUUGUCUCAAUCGGAGCAGUCUCGAGCUGCAGCAGAGAUUGAUGCCCAGAAGGCAGGCCAUGAGGUCAGAAAGCUUCGAAAACAACUGCUCGCUGAGCAGGAGAGCCUGUCUACGAGAACUUGUGAAUUUGAGGCACUCAAAGACCAGCUUGCAAAAGCUCGGCGUGCGCCACAGAGCUCCCAAGAGGAGCCAGGGAAAGUUGCAUCGGUGAACAGGGACCUCAUAUCGAAGUGUGAGAAGGCGGAAGAGGGGGGCAGGAUGCUGAAGGUGCAGCUGGAGACCAAGUCUGCUGAGGUUGAGCAGCUGAGGUCAAGGCUGGCAACGCUGCAAGGCAAGGCAUCCCAGCUGGAGGCAAAUAAGGAGAAUCAAGAGCAGAGUACCCGAACAGAUGAAAUAGAGCUGGGUUUGGUGGAAAGGAAGUUGAAAGGGACCCUGGAGCUGGCAGGCCAGAAGGCCACAGUGUUGGAAGAAUGUGCUUUGUUGCUGGGCACUGUUGAAGAACAGGUUGCCAUGAUCAACCCGUUUGCCCAGGAGGUGGAGAGGCGCUGUGGGGAGCAGGGGGCUGGUGCAUUAGCGCUGGGCGCAAAGCUAAAUGCGGCCAGCUGUCGCGAUGGAGGGUCAGCAGACACUGCGGAUGGCCUGCGGUGUGCAGCGGAAAAGCUUCAGGGCAUGCUGAGCACUGGGGCAUGCAACAGUCAAAGUUUGGCUGGCUUGCUGGAAUACCUGCAAGGCUUAGCAAGACUGGCGGAGGAACGAGGAAGAGGCGUCCAAAGCCAAGUGUCCCCUCUCCCACUCAGCGGUUUGCUCCCUUGCAGCACAGACCUGCAGCCUAGCGCACCGUCCUCCCUCACAGAAUGCAGCACGCUGGAGUACAGCACGGACGGCCCUCAAAGGCCACAUGCUGUUGAGAAUCCACUGUUUGCAUGCACUCCCAGGCGCCACUCUGACAGCUCUAUGGAUCGGAGGGCCCCCUUCCUGCCAGUGACGGGACUGGCAGGGGUUACUCGAGCGUCGCUCCCAGAUCAACUGAAGAGCGCACGCAGUGACUUCCUUAGGGUCAGCGACAGAGUCUGCCAUUUCCAGAAACUGGCAGACCAGGUGCUGCAGGAGGACGGGCUGGACCCAGAGGAGCGGGAAGCUAUCCUGGCACAGAAACUUGACGUGAAGCAGUUUGUGGAAAGCGUGUUUGCUGGCCGUGGCCUUGACACAGUCAGGAAGGCAACCAUAGAUGACACCUCUGCUGCAGACAUCUCCUUGUCUCCUGCUGCUGAAGAGUUGUCCAUCUUGAAGCCAAGGGAUUUGGUUGGCAAGGAUGCGAAGAGCGUGGACCUGGUCAGGGCCCAUGCAGAGCAGCUGAAAGAGGAGCUGGCACAGGUGGAGGCACGGCAUGCAGAGUGUUGCCAUCGAGAGCAGGCCGCCCUUGGCUCCAACGACUCACUGAGACAGGAGGUUGUGACCCUGCGGACUGAAUUGGCAGAUUCGCGGAAUGCCCGACAGCUUUUGGCCAAUGAUCUAAAGACCUGCCAGUCUGAACUGGAGGAGCUUCUUCAGGGCAGACAUCGGCUUGAGGGAGAGUUGGCAUCGAUAAACACCAGAGAAACAGAAAUGCAAGAAAUGAAGACAGAUCUGCUCGAAGCUCGCAAGAAAGUGUCUGCGGUUGAAAGUGAACUGCUGGAGUCGGCAGUGUCUGGCAGAAAAGGUGUUGGCAGUAUUCGUGGAUAUGAGGAGGAGGUGCAGGGGCUGAGAGCGCAGAUCGCUGGCCUGGAGAGCAAGUUGCAGAGUGCAGAGGAAGCACUGCAGACUGAGAAGGUAUCGUCCAGGAAAAUGGCCGAAAAGUGGGCCACUGAAUUUGAUGAAAGGGUAUCUGAUGCAAAUUCGCACCUUCGCCAAGAAACUGCCAAGAGAGAAGCUGCACUGCAAGACCAGCUCGACCAUGCGCAGGGGCGCACAACCGAGCUGGAGGCCCGGGUCAACGAGCUGGAAGAUGCAGCGAGCAUUGCAGAGGAAUUUCGAACAAGGAAUGAGGGACUGCAGACAGAGCUUGCUGCCGCAAACGACGAGCUGCAAGCUGCUGCUGUGGAGCACAAGGAACUGCAGGAGGAGCUGGCUUCAAGGGUGGCGAUGGUCGAGGAUCGCAAAAAGAAGUUCCUUGUCGUUCAGGGAGCUUUUAAGAAGAGGGAGGAGGAACUAAAAGCAAAGAUCGCGGAGAUGGAUUUGGAGAUUGGAAACCUGUGUGUAAAGUUGGAUGCCACCGAGCAGCAGGCGUCAGCAGACGCAAGCGAGCUGAUCCUUCUCAAGCGGCAGCACACCGAAUUGAUCGAUGUCGUGGCUCGCUUGGAAGAGCAGUGUCACAAACUGGAAUCUGAAGCAUCGGAACGCCGCCAGGCUGCUAUCGAUUCCGAAGCCAAGCUUUGUGCAGAGCGGGACGCGAUGGCAUCCGCCAAUGAAACAUUCACCCGGGAAUUGGAUGCCCUUCGGGUCACCCAAAGCCAGCUGCGGGGUGACAGCGAAUUGGCCCAAUCCCAAGCCCGAGCGGCGCAGGGCGAACUGGCAACAGCGCAGGAGGCAUUGGCAGCGGCUCGACAGGAGCUGCAGGAAGCCAGGCUGAGGGUCCAGACUGCUGAGGCAAGUGCAGAACAAGCAGAUCAGAGGGCCACCGCCGCGGAGCUCGCCAAGAUUGAGCUUUCGCUCGCUCUUGCUGCGGCGGACAACCGAGCAGCAGCCGAGAACGCCGCAAGCGCUGCGAGCACCAGCAGGGAGGAGGAAAUGCUGGGCGAUGCCCCGACCGUACGAGAGCAUGAAGUCGAAGAUCUGUGCGACAUGAAGCACCAGUUGUCGGACGCAGCACAGAAAGUUGAACAACUGGAAUGGCAGGUGAAGAUGAUGUCGGAGGGCGGCAGGAGCGAAUUGGGGCGCGGCAACAUCGCUGCGGAUUGGCUGCUUGGAUGUGUCACUAACAAGAGAAAAUGA